CCAGAGGGUUUUCCAAAAAGACAGGCAGUGUGAGGAUGUGGUACCCGGGUGUCCUCCCAGUCCAGUGGCUCCUCUCCGUCAUAUUGGUGUUCUGUCUGGUGAUCUGGAUCAGAAAGAAAGGCCAAGGCGGUGAUGAUGGCUCAGCAUCUGAAUGUGAAAGUAGGAACAUCUUUGAUCCAGGAGGAGAAGUUGCCGGCUUCAGGUCCAGGACCAUGGCACAACAGGCUUCCAUAGACCCCACCAAGAUGGGGGUGGGUCGGGCGAUUGCUGUGCUGACCUCAGGAGGCGAUGCCCAGGGUAUGAAUGCCGCUGUGAGGGCCACUGUUCGAGUUGGACUCUACACCGGAGCUAAGGUGUUCUUUGUCCAUGAGGGUUACCAGGGUUUGGUGGAUGGAGGGGACAACAUCCGCCCAGCAACUUGGGAAAGUGUGUCAAUGAUGCUACAGUUGGGUGGGACAGUGAUCGGUAGUGCCCGCUGUCAGGACUUCCGCACCAAAGAAGGUCGAACCAAGGCUGCCCUGAACCUGGUCAAACUGGGUAUUACCAACCUGUGUGUGAUUGGAGGCGACGGCAGCCUGACGGGUGCCAACCAGUUUCGAACAGAGUGGAGUGAACUGCUGGCAUCUUUGAUCAAAGCUGGUAAGAUUACAGCAGAGGAGGCCAAGAAAUCCUCUCACCUCAACAUCGUUGGAAUGGUGGGUUCCAUUGACAAUGACUUCUGUGGCACUGACAUGACCAUCGGCACAGACUCCGCCCUGCACCGCAUCAUAGAGAUAGUGGAUGCCAUCACCACCACAGCGCAGAGUCACCAGAGGACCUUCAUCCUGGAGGUCAUGGGCAGACACUGUGGUUACCUGGCUUUGGUGACAGCUCUGGCUUGCGGUGCUGACUGGGUUUUCAUCCCAGAGAUGCCCCCAGAUGAUGGAUGGGAAGAGCAUCUCUGCAGGAGACUGACAGAUCAAAGAGGUCGUGGUUCCCGUUUGAAUAUUAUCAUUGUUGCAGAGGGAGCGAUAGACCGUAGUGGUAAAGCUAUCACCUGUGAACAAAUCAAACAGCUGGUCUCCACGAAACUGGGCUUUGACACUCGCAGCACCAUCUUGGGCCACGUACAAAGAGGCGGAACCCCCUCAGCCUUUGACAGAAUCCUGGCUAGCAGGAUGGGUGUGGAGUCAGUGAUGGCUCUGCUAGAGGCCACUCCAGACACUCCUGCAUGUGUGGUCAGUUUGUCGGGAAACAUGGCGGUCAGGCUUCCUCUGAUGGAGUGUGUCCAAGUGACCAAAGAUGUGACCACUGCUAUGGCUGAAGGGAGAUUUGAAGAUGCCGUGAAGCUCAGGGGAAAGAGCUUUGAGAAUAACUGGAACACUUACAAAAUGCUCGCUCAUGUGCACCCCCCAGAUGUAAAGAGUAAUAUCAAUAUUGCUAUACUGAACGUGGGCGCUCCAUGUGCUGGGAUGAACGCUGCAGUCCGUUCAGCUGUCAGAAUCGGACUUCUGCAGGGUCAUCAGAUGCUUGCAGUGCACGAUGGCUUUGAUGGCUUGGCUCAUGGGAUGAUUGAGCCCAUUGGUUGGUCUGGAGUAGCAGGAUGGACUGGAAAGGGGGGCUCAAUAUUAGGCACUAAAAGGUCUCUGCCACAUGACUUCAUGGAGGAGAUCAGUCUGAACAUCUCUAAGUUCAACAUUCAUGCUUUAAUUAUUAUUGGAGGCUUUGAGGCAUUUGCUGGAGGUCUGGAGCUUGUUCAGGCCAGAGAGAAGUAUGAGGAAAUGUGUAUUCCUCUUGUUGUUAUUCCUGCUACUGUCUCCAACAAUAUCCCUGGAUCUGACUUCAGUAUCGGCGCCGACACUGCUUUGAACACUAUAACAAUGACAUGUGACAGGAUCAAACAAUCUGCUGCUGGCACAAAGAGAAGAGUCUUUAUUGUUGAGACAAUGGGAGGAUACUGUGGCUACCUGGCAACAAUGUCGGGUCUGGCAUCUGGAGCUGAUGCUGCGUACAUCUAUGAGGAGCCGUUCAACAUUCAUGACCUCGAGGUUAAUGUAGAACAUCUGCUGGAGAAGAUGAAAACCACAGUGAAGAGAGGACUCAUUCUGAGGAAUGAGAAAUGCAAUGCAAACUACACCACAGACUUUAUCUUUAACCUUUAUUCAGAAGAAGGAAAAGGAGUUUUUGACUGCAGGAAGAAUGUUCUUGGACAUAUGCAGCAGGGAGGAACACCCAGCCCCUUUGACAGGAAUUUUGGCACAAAGAUGGGGAUCAAGUCUGUGUUAUGGCUGACUGAUAAGCUGAAGGAAUGCUACAGACAUGGUCGCAUCUUUGCCAAUUCUCCAGACUCAGCCUGUGUGCUGGGCAUGAGGAAGAGAGGUUUGGUUUUUCAGCCACUGGCAGAACUUAAAGAAGACACUGAUUUUGAACAUCGUAUCCCAAAGACAGAGUGGUGGUUAAAGCUGAGACCCAUCCUGAAAAUCUUGGCCAAAUACAAGAUUGACUUGGACACUUCUGAAAUGGCUACGAUGGAACACAUUGUCAAGAGGAGAGGCCUCGUCCCCUAG